AUGGGUGGCCUGCUCGUCUUUGUUUGUGAAAAUGGUAAGGAAAAGGACAAGGAUGAAGUAAUUCACUAUUUGGUAUUAGGUGAAGAAUGUGUUUGCGAAUUAUCCGGUGAAGUCUAUGAAGUGGAAGUUGGACUAUCAGCAUCUUUGGUAACUCUUCCAUCAACUUUAAUUGGGACGCAUGGAUACACUAAAGUUGCUAUACAAAAUUUAAGCAAUCAAAUAGUGAAAUUCACCUGGACAUUGAAAAAUGCUACGCAAAAUAUCGUUAUCCAGCCUACAACGGGAAUCUUGAACCCUAAAACAGAGAGAGAAAUAAUAAUUUCAUAUAAUCCCGAUAACGAUGAUUCCAUUAAUGCUACUGCUUUGUGUACCGUAACGGGAAGAAAAGAUCCUCUCAAAUUGGAAAUAUGCGGUCGUGGAAGGGCCCCAAUUAUUGAAUUUUCCUUUACCCAUAUGGAUACUGGAAACAUUCUAGUCACAACUCCCCAAACUUUUGAACUGAUCUUACAGAGCAAAAGUGAAGCCGAGACGCACUUCACCACUCAGUCGAAUUCUGGAAGUCUAUUUGUUUCCCCUGUUGAGGGAAAAAUAAAUGCGUAUGGAUACCAAACAAUAAGAAUUAGAAUUCAGUCAACUCGUCUUGGUUAUUUUGAAGAGAAACUUAGGUUUCAAUUUGCUGGAAGCUCAAAAAUACAUUCCGUUGACUUCAGUGGUGAAAUAACUGCACCAGAAAUUAUAUCUGAGCCAAACUAUUUGGACUUCGGAGACGUUGCAUUUGACUACGGAGCUUCAAAGCUAUUGAAAUUAAUAAAUGCAUCACCUCUUUGCCUUCCAAUAAAACUGCUAGUUAAUGAUGCAGAAGGAGUUAUAGUCAACAAAUCUGAAAUUUUCCUCGAAAAACAGGAGGCAACAUUAAUUGAACUAAUUUACUUGGCUUCGGAAGUUGGACUUACAGAAGGCAAUUUAGCGAUUAACGUGGAAUCGGUUGGCACAAUACUGGAAAUUCCUAUUAGAGCGCGAUGUUGUAUUCCAAGAAUAAAACAAUGUGUAAAGAGAAUCGAGAUGGAGUCCUGUUUCAUAAAUCAUCCAAAGGCAUUUCAAAUUGAAAUCGAUAAUCCGACAAAUAUCUCAGCAAAAUAUCGAGUAAUGGGAGUAGAAACAAAGGAUGUUAAAAUAAUCCCUAUUUCAUCUACGGGAAUUCUUCCUCCCAAUACGAUUUAUUUUAUUAAGUUCGACUUACUCGGUAAAAAUGUUGGCAAUCUGAGAGAAAAUAUUGAAAUUUCAAUCGUUGGUGCUGAAUAUGAGCCUCUGAUUUUUGAAAUUACUUGCGAAUGCGUGGGACCUGUCUUAUCACUUAAUACAAAGUGUAUCGAUUUUGGUGAAAUUACAAUCCUCACGCCAUUUCAAAGGGUUAUGGAACUUUUCAAUUUAUCGCCUAUUCCUGCAAAUGUCACCUGUUAUAUCAUAAAGAAAUCAACUAAUUUUGAAGUGUCUCCACAACGAUUGAUAAUUCCACCAUUCGCAAAAGGACAUAUUGAAAUUACCGUCUUCGUAAAAGCGGUUGGCGUAGAGGCUACUGAUGUAGUAGAAAUAAGUACUGAAUAUACUUCAUCGAUACCGUGGAAGGUUGAUCUAAGGGCAAUCAGCACUGGAGAUCUGAUAUCUGUUGAGCCAGAGUUGAAACAAAGUCUUGAAAUGGGUCAGCAAUUUGUAAACCUUCCUCAAAUUUACGAAUUCACGGUGACUAAUUGCAGUUACGCCCAACAAAGGCUUGUCUGGACAAUUGAAAAUGUACAAAGAAUUCAAGGAGGUGGCAAGCGAAAGAAAUCAAAAGCCGACGACUUUGAGAUACUGCUAAAUCCGCAAAAAAUUGAGCUGAAGUCGUCCCAAAGUAUUAAUAUUUCGCUUAAGAUAACGUCAUCUGGGCGGCAGAAAAUUCAAUUCACUCUCCAAUGCCAUUCGGUCUUAGCCAAUAAGGGGCACAAGAGACUUCUACGGGAAUGCAGAGUAUCAGUAGAAUUUAUUGAACCCAUGAUUUCAAUCAUCCCAAACCCGAUUAAAUUCUACAUUCUUAAGGAAUGUGGGAAAGAAAUUGAAAAUCAAUAUCAAAAUAUUUCAAUUAUAAACGAGGCGGACAUAGAAACAUCAGCAAACCUGGCUAUUCCAGAACCACUUUUUAUAGUUGAAGAUGGACAAAUUUUUCAAAGUUUGAAUCUUUCAAUUACUCACAAAGAACUUCGAAAUAUCACCAUUGGUUAUGCUGCAAAUAGCUCCAACAGUAAAUGUUCAAGUUAUUCAUUGACGAAACAAUUAAUUAUAUCAUUCCAUGAUCAUCCUUUGAAAAUGAAAAUAUCAGUCUUAGCUCAGGUUUAUUUUCCUAAUCUACAAAUUAUGGAAAAGACUAUUGAUUUUGGGAGUAUUCUAAACGGAUCAUCUCUUAUCAAAUCGAUUAUCUUAUAUAAUGACCAACCUAUCGAAGCUAAAUAUGAAUGGACGUUAUCGAACGGUUGUGUUAAAGAUAAUCCAAGUAAACCAUUGCGAAUUCCAAAACGCUCGAAAUCUCUUGAAGUACUAAACGCUUAUAAUGAAGAUAUUGGACGCUGUUCAUCGAUUUCUAAAAUCGAUUCUUUGUACUACGAAGACGUAUUUUCAGUAUCCCCGCCUUUCGGUUCAAUAAAGCCAGGAGAGAGCAUAUCGACUGAUUUUAAAUUUACUGGUUAUCAUGACUUAUCAGCAAAAUGCACUGCAAAAUGUAAAAUAAUCGAUGGUAUGGAUCACGAAAUCGAUUUAAUUGGGCAGAGUUCAACAUCUGACUGCUAUAUUACAACUACUAGCCUAUCGUUUGAAGACAUUCUUUUCAGCAAGGAUGCAACCAGAAUAUUUCAAAUUUACAACGCUGGCAAAGUUACCUGUCCAUACUACUUCACUUGGGACAAGAAUGAUUUAAGUUUAAAAAUCGAUCCAUCAGAGGGUGAAGUACCUGCAAAAGGAGUAACGGAAGUAGUGAUCUCUGUCACAGUUCCAAAGCCUCAAGAAUUCAAUGUCUUCGCCAAAGUUCACCUAGCAAAACUGCCUCCGAAAAACAUUAGGUUUUACGGAAAAGCAUGUUUUCCCCACUUCAAAUUUAAAUCUUUAAUUCCUAAUGACAGCGUCUACUUUUGUAAUGACCCUUGUGAAUUCGCAGCUUCCCUAACUGCGAAUGUGUUAGAUUAUCCGCUGAAACUUCCAACAGUAAAGCUUGAUCUAUCUGAUAUGCUCUGUGGAGAAACGAAAACCGUGAAGAUGGAAUAUGUGCAAACGAUCCAUAGAUUCGUUAGUGCAAUUACAAUCGAUAAACCAGUUAAAAGACAUCUAGCAGAAAAUGGGUUAACCAUCACAAUUGGAAGAGAAAUUGAAGCGAUAUUCGAUUCUUCUAAAACCAAAAUUGGUGAAGUUAUUCUGGAUAUACCAUUAAAAAUUCAUGAGAAGAUUAUACAACCACUUCAAGUCCAUGCUAAUAUUGUCCCACUUGAGUUUAGAGUUAACCCAAGAGAGAUUGAUUUCGGGGAUGUUUAUUUAAAUGAAGCAAGAAUAAUUUCAGUCCAACUGCAUAAUCCGACUCCCUUUCAAUUAUCCUGGGAUCUUCUAGCUACUGAAGCAUCUGGAGGAUCAAUCGAAGUACAGCCUAAAUAUGGUAGAUUGAACCCAGAUCAAAAGGAAAAUGUCUACAUUAAAUUUCAUCCAAGGACUGGAGAUGCUAUAACUGAGAAAAUCAAUGUGCGGAUUAAUGGAAGUGGAUCCACAUCAACAAUCAGUUGUCAAGGUAAAGGGUUGGAACCCCGUCUCAUUGUCGAGCCGAAAGGAAUUGAAUUCAGACCUCUGAAAUCGUGCGAAGAUUAUGACGAGAAGAUCAUAGUCAUCAAAAAUUCAUGCAACUUUGAUGUGGAAUUUUACAGUGCAGAUUUCGAUGAAGCUCAUAUUCAAGAGGAAAAGAUUCUUGAAUGCUGUCCACUCUUUCAAGAAUCUGAAGAGGUACUGAUACCACCGAGAAAACCUGGUGAAGAACUGCCAAAGGAAAUGCGUGAUGUAUUUGCUCAGAUACAGAAAUCUGGAGCAGGCAAGAUAAAGGUGAUUCAAUUUUUUUAUACUGGUGAUUGUUACCAAUGUCAAAACUUAUUUACUUAUAAAUCAUUAAAUUGUGAAAUAUAA